CCCAAGAAUCCUGUUCUUCAUCCUACUCAGACCCUCUACAUCAUCCACAACUCAGCUCAGCUCUUCCUGGGAUGUCACGUGCCUGAUGUAAAGCAUCGUGUAAAUAGAUAGUUAAUGUAGCUUGAGUGCGACCAUAACAACCAAGAGUCGAGAAUAUUUUUAUUAUUUCAAGACAUAACGUGUAAAAGCGAGGAGUUAUUACUAAUAUGUUGUUUUAUGAUUUUAAAACUUGUAAUUUAAUUCAAAUGUUGUAGUAAUUUAAUACGAGUAAAUAAAGUUUAUAGUACGGGAAAAAUUUGUAAUUAGAAAUUAUUACGAAGCUUUUUGAGAAAAGUUUGCUUUUAAAUAAUGACUCUUCAAAUUACACUUUUGAUUUUAUUAUUGAUUUUUCUAUUGGAACAUAUGGCUGGAUCAUUAGGUUCUAAUAGCAAGUAUGAAUUGGAAGAGAAAGGACAGGAAAGUUCGGAUAUGCUUACAAAUAAAUAUCUGCCAUCUGAAAGUCUACCAGAAAUAAAACAACCAACUUAUUCACAGAGAGUAUCUAGGAGAUCUAAACGACAUACAAAAAGGAAGUCUUAUUUAGUAAACAAGUGGAAUUUUAGCCCGUUACAGACAGAGUACGAUGCUAAUCGUUCACAUCGCUCUAUUAAAGACGAUACUGAUCCUUAUGACUUAAAAAUGGGCGUAGAUGGAUUUCAAGUCAAAGUGAUAUCGUCACCUAAAUAUAGACACUUUUCCAAUAUAAAAGAGAGCGAAGAAUUCAAAACUGGUCAUACGAUUGACAUAAUCCCGAAUACAAAAUCUGAAAGCAUUUCAGAAGAAUUAGACUGUGAUGAAGAUAUACAGGAAGAAAAGAGUGAGGAAAUUUCCUUGACUCCGGAAACUUCUCAAGAACCAGCUCUUGAUUCUGGCCUUUUCGUAAAUGAGAACAUAAUUGAACUACAGGAAGGAAGUGGAGAAUUGCUUCAUGCUAACAGUGUAGAAGAUUCUGAAAAAAUUAAGUCCUCCCGUCUUGUUGAUGUCUUCUUCAGAAGCGGCAAUUUAACAUCUUGCAAAACUCCAUCGGGAGAAGAUGGACAUUGUAAGCGUAUUACCGAAUGUCUUUUAAGUGAUGCACUCAGUAACUUCAGUCUAUUUUUACAAUACUUGUGCUUGAUGCGUGGACCAUUCGUUGGAAUCUGUUGUCCUGAUAACCCAGUUAUAGAAACCAAAGAUACACCUGUCACGACAGUAGAAGAAUUGAAGCAGCCCCAGGAAGGUUGCGGUAAAAAUUCCAAUCUAAGAAUAGUAGGUGGUAAAGUAUCCCUCCCCCACGAGUGGACCUGGAUGGUGGCACUACUCAGAAGAAACAGAUUUUUUUGUGGAGGUGUUAUAAUUAAUGAUUGGUAUAUACUCACAGCAGCACACUGCGUCUUAGGCCUAAAAGUAAAAGACCUGACUGUUCGGCUUGGCGAGUAUAAUUUCUCCGAGAAAAAUCAACAUCAACGAGAUAUACCAAUAGCAGAAAUAAAACGACAUGCUCAAUUUGUUACUUUAACAUUCCAACAUGAUAUUGCUUUAUUAAAGCUGAAGAGAAAGGUUGAAUACUCUAAAUUUAUUGGAAGCAUAUGUUUACCUGAAUCAUCCCGAAAUUAUUCUGAUGUCAAUGCUACGGUGGUCGGAUGGGGUACGGUUUCAUUCGGUGGUGCAGCAAGUAACAUUUUAAGACAAGUAACGGUUCCUGUGUGGUCUAAUGAAAAAUGUGAUAAAACAUAUGUUUUAGAAAGUAUAACAGACUCUUUUAUGUGUGCUGGCUCACCCGAAAACGGAGAAGAUGCUUGUCAGGGUGAUUCUGGUGGACCUUUAAUGGCAUUAAAUACUGAAAAUCGAUGGGAAGUGAUUGGAAUUGUUUCUUGGGGACGUAGAUGUGGAGAUCCAACCUAUCCCGGUGUCUAUACAAGAGUUAGUACUUAUUUGGAUUGGAUUCAACAAAAUAUGAACUAAACUUUUAUUUCAAUGAACUUUCUGUACAACAUAUUUUAAUAAAUAUUUUAUUUUAAGCA